AUGCAAGAGGAUCCCAGAAAUGAAACAGAGUCAUUUCUGCAACGCGUCGAUGGCAAGGACAGCGACAACAUGGAAUUAGACACCUUACAAGACAUUCUGGUCACACCUCGGGCAAGCUACAGGACGGCCGAAUACGACUUGCGGGACUUUGACGACGACGUAGAGCAUAUAAGCGAUGGCAGUGCUGCUCUAUUGGGCUCAGGUGGAAGAACCAGGGGGAACGAACGGAUACUGUCUGGCACAGGAAAGGUCUGGUCACAAGUUGGCAGUAUUGUUGUCGAAUGUGCACCCACGCUUCUUAUGACUACCAUAAGUCUCCUAUUCACCGGGGAACUCCUUGACCGUGUGUCACGUUGGCGGGCAAUGCGCACCAUCGAUGAGCUGAUAAUGAUCGUUCCUGUUGUCUUGAACCUCAAAGGCAACUUGGAGAUGAAUCUUUCUGCUAGAAUGGGAACUGCGGCUAAUAUGGGCGAACUAGACGACAGGAGCGCACAACGCAAGAUCGUGGGUGGUAAUCUGGCACUAUUGCAAGUGCAAGCUACUGUCGUUGCAUUUGUCGCCGCUUGUGUCGCAAUGCUUCUCGGUCUUUUGGUCCCGCGGUUAUAUUCGGGUCCUAGUGCCUCGGCCGCCACCGCCUCUAGGUGGGAAACCGAAGUCUGGUUUGAUAGAGUUCACCAUGGUGGCUUCUUCAGCUAUGAUGUCCGCGUGUCUGUCAAGCAUUGCCCUCGGCUCCUUCAUGUGUUUCCUGGUUAUCAUGUGUCGACGCAUCGUGUCCUUGGAGACUUGGUCACACUCAGCCUUCUUGGUGUCAUUUCCUCCAUACUGAUCAACGUCGUCAAUACUCCCAUUCCUCUCAUUUGUGUCGCACUCACUAUUCUCUCCGCGACGUUAUGCGUAUACCUGGUGAGGCGUAACAGCAGUGUCAAGGAUCUGAUCUACCAGGGCUGGGUUCCACUCUUUGGUGCAAUGGUAAUUUCUUGCGCUACUGGUAUUGUGCUUGAUAUGUUCGCCUCUCGUUAUAAAGGAUUCCCUCUUCUUGCAAUUGUCAUUAGUGGGCUUCCUGGCAGCGUUGGGUCUAUAUUUGUCUCCCGACUUUCGACUGCUCUUCAUGCAGCAUCUGCGAACGCGUCCCUGCACAAAAGCGACCCUUCCCCAAAACUUGUUAUGGUCACGUUGACUGUCAUCACAAUUCCCAUAGAGAUUUUGUUCCUCUGUACUCUACGCGCAUUCGGGUGGCUAAAAUUACCCAUUAUAUUUGCAAUAUUAUCAGUGUUAUUCUUUUGUUGUGCAGUCUUCACCUCAUUAGUUGUGGCUCGGUUGUUGACCAAUUUCUUGUGGUCCAAGGGCCUUGACCCCGAUACAUACGCUCUACCCAUCCACUCUGCCCUGAUGGAUCUGGUGGGACAAUUACUCCUUGUAUUGUGCUUCGAGAUCGUCUCGCUUCUGUGUAUCAACUGGUAA